CUUUAGAAUUUAGAAAAUGGCGGCUUCCAUGGAGGAAAAUACAAAAUUGUUUUCUUUUUCUUUUCUCCAAAGUCUAUUGUAAAUUGUUUUCAGGAAACAAGAAAAUGUCACAAAGAACCAUAGAAGAUGUCGUUUUUGACGUAUUCAAUGAUAUACUAAAAGGUGAAGCCUUUGAAGAAGCUUUUUGUUCUGUUAUUUGUCAUACAGAAGAAACAGAAAAAUGGAAGAAGGAAUAUUGUGUCAACAAAAUGAAAAAUAUGUUUACUCAGGCCCAGCAAGAGGAAUCAGUAGAGAUUGCAUUGAAGACAUACAUUCGUUUAGUUUAUGAACAAAUGAAUUCUGGUCGUGUUACAUUGUUAACAGAUUUAUUAGAAUCCAUGGUUGAACAGAAUAUUGUAUCUGCAAGACCAAUAUGUGAAAUUCUUUUGAAUCAAGAGAAGCUAACAUACAAAAGUCCACACAUUUGGAAUGGCACAUUUAAACUUAUCAGGAGAAUUGUUGGAGGAGUGGACUACAAGGGUUGUAGAGAUAUACUUAGGAUGGUAUUAGAGAAGAGUCACACAAUCCCCAUGGUAGAUAAUGUUACUAUUAUGUCACAAAUAAAUGUUAUGAUGGAUGUGAUUACUUAUAUUUUGGACAGAAAUACCUGUUUGUUACCUGCUUAUUUUGCAAUUAAUGAAAUCACAAAAGUUUGCUCAGAUGACAAAACCAAUCAUUGGAAACUUGGUAAAGUUUUGGCAGAGUUUAUUGACAGUUUUAGGCCAGCUGCACAAAUGUUCACAGUAUCAGGUAGAUCUCACCUGGUACCAAUUGUAGGACAUUCAUUGUCAACAAGCCAUGUCUGGAGACUAAAUACAAGCACUCUGAAGUUUCCCCUAAAUGGACCUCUUCCUUAUGAUAAGGAUUUAUGUCAGCCUCAAACUGGAUUGUUGAGAUAUGUACUAGAGCAACCUUAUUCUAGAGAAAUGGUUGGCAACAUGCUUGGUCUUAAUAAACAGGUAAAGCAGAGGUGUGAAGUGUUAGAGGAACAGCUUGUUGAUUUGGUUGUCAUGGCAAUGGAAAGAUCUGAAAAUGAAGACUCUUCAGCAGAAGAUGGCAUGAACCAGUUGCUAUGGCAACAUUUGUCAAGUCAAGUCAUAUAUUUUGUAUUAUUCCAGUUUGCCAGUUUUCCUCACAUGGUCCUGUCAUUGUAUGAUAAGUUAAAGGGUAGAAAUAUGAACAAAGGAAGAGACCAUUUGAUGUGGGUGCUGUUACAGUUUAUAUCGGGAAGUAUACAGAAGAAUCCACUUAAAGAUUUUUUGCCUGUGAUGAAGCUAUAUGAUUUACUUUAUUCUGACAAUGAAAUCAUAAAAAUGGCUGAUGUAAGCAAGGCACAGUCGACACAUAAAGUAGCUAGUACAUGUAUCUGGAUACACUUACUGAAGAAAGCUCAGACAGUACAAGUUAAAUUACCAAGACCAAUACCAUAUGCCUUACAGGAACAUCAAGAGUAUUUUGAACAGAAUCUGCAGUCAAAGAGCUUUUCACUGAAUGAUUUCAGGAUUGCCUUGCUUUGUAAUGCAUAUAGUACUAACAAUGACUUUUUUAACCUUCCAAUGGGAAAAUUAAUGGAGAGUAUAUAUGGAGACAAUAAACACACAACAUUACUCCCUGGAAACAUUGUAGCAUGUGCUCCUACACAACCACUACCUAUGAACUUACUGGACUCAUUGACAGUACAUGCUAAAAUGAGUUUGAUACACAGUAUUGUACACAGAGUAAUGAGACAAGCAAAGACAAAGUCUAGUGUGGCACAUGCUCCAGCACUGGUGGAAACUUACAGUCGUUUACUGGUAUACAUGGAAAUAGAAUCUCUGGGGAUUAAAGGCUUCAUCAGUCAAUUACUGCCAACAGUGUUCACCAGUCAUGCCUGGGGUAUCCUACAUACCCUCCUUGAGAUGUUUAGUUACCGUCUACAUCAUACACAGCCUCAUUACAGAGUCCAGUUAUUGGCACAUCUACAUACACUAGCUACAGUCCCACAGACCAAUCAAAAUCAACUUCAUUUAUGUGUAGAGAGUACAGCCUUACGACUCAUCUCUGGUUUAGGUAAUGCUGAAGUACAGCCACAGUUAUCUCGUAUGUUUACAGAACAGAACAGGACUGGUUUCCUGUCCACAGAAUCUGAAGAACUUAACAGAGCAUUAGUACUGACACUAGCUAGAGCUGUUCAUGUUAAUGGUCCAGAAUCAUUUGCUGCUACCUGGUUUAGAGAAAUAUUAAAUCAGAUCAUGCAGAAUACACCACAUAGCUGGCCAGAUAAUACUCUGGUUUGUUUUCCACAAAAUCUAAGAGACUACUUUCAGCAGAAUAUCAUACAAAGAGAAGAUAAACAGGCUCUCAAAAGAAAUGUAGAUACGGAGUACAGGAAAUGGAAAAGUAUGGCAAAUGAAGAUGACAUAAUUGCCCACUUUUCAAUGCAAGGAACUGCUCCUUUAUUUUUAUGUAUUAUAUGGAAAAAUAUGCUUGAGGAACACAACCUGCCACCUACAGCAUAUAAGGUAUUGGACAGAUUGGGUCCCAGAGCUUUGUCGUCCCACUUACGCACAUUUGCUGACUACAUGGUUUUUGAGUUGAACUUGUCUGGUGUUAGUGGACAGAAUAUCAACAAGUACAUUGACACUUUGAAUGAUAUGGUAUGGAAAUACAACAUAGUCACUAUAGACAGACUGGUUCUGUGUUUGGCUUUACGAAACUUUGAUGAGAAUGAAGCAAGACUUUGUUACUUGAUCACUCACAUGUUGUUAUUAAAACCAAAUGAAUUCAAAACCAGAGUACAUGAUUUUGUACGAGAGAAUUCUCCAGAACAUUGGUUACAGAGUAACUGGCAUGAGAAACACAUGACCUUUCAUAGGAAAUAUCCAGAGAAGUUUUACUAUGAAGGAAUACAAGAUCUGAACAGUCCUAUUCAGCACCAAUAUUUACCGGUCUACUUUGGAAAUGUCUGUCUAAGAUUCAUUCCAGUAUUAGAUAUACUGCUUCACAGAAUUAUAGAACAGCCGUCAUUGUCUAAUUUAGCAGAAAAGAUUUUAGAAAGUUUGGGUAUAUUAUACAAGUUCCAUGAUCAUCCAAUUACAUAUGUGUACAAUACACUUCACUAUUAUCAUAAAAUAUUGUCACAAAGAGCUGGACUCAAAAGAAGGCUAGUCCAUUCUGUAAUGCAUGCUUACCAAGACAUAAGACCUGGCAACUGGUUCUUGUCAGAGGACUACCAACAGUUCAUCAAGAGCGAUAGUUUAGAAUGGGAUCCAGACUUGGAGUAUUAUAUCAGAUUGAUUGGGAGACUGGUAGACACUAUCAAUGGGAAUUCCCCAUUCCCCACAUGUGAUUGGAGAUUUAAUGAGUUCCCUAGUCCUGCAGCCCAUGCAUUGUAUGUUACCUGUGUAGAGAUGAUGGCUUUACCUGUACCAGGUGACAAAGUUGGUAGAUGUCUCUUAGAUGUGGUCUUAAAGAGUUGUUCACAUUUACCUAGAAAUAAAGUGGUGUCGUGGAUGAAUGCAGUCGGUCUUGUUAUGACAGCAUUACCUGAUACAUAUUGGCAUGCAUUGAACAACAAGAUAUAUGAAGUGAUCAACUCUAAAACCUUAGCCUCACCUGGUGGCUGUCAACCAUUCCAGAUAUUUAACUUCACUGUGAGUCAUGGGCAGAUUGCAGAACAAUAUAGCAGUUACGUGUUGGCUAUCUGUCACGCUGUGUGGCAUCAUGCUGGCAUUGGCCAGUUAUCACAAUUACCUAUAUUUUUAAGAGAGACACUAAAGCCUUCUGUGAAGACUGAAGAACAGUUGUUAUUUAUUUUCCAUCUAUUUGGACCAUUUCUUCAAAGACUACAUUCAGAGAAAACAAAGUGCUUAAUGGAGAUUGUGAUAGAGUUUUAUGAGAUAUUGGUGAAUGUAGACAGACACUGUGAACAUCUACGAUAUGUGGAUCCAAUUUCUGAUUUUCUAUAUCAUGUUAAGUACAUGUUUAUUGGUGAUCUGGUGAAGAAUGAAGUAGAGAAGUUCAUCCGUACCCUGAGACCAGCGCUACAGUUACGAUUACGCUUCAUAUCACACAUUAACAUACCAGAGGAGGCUCUUACACCAUUGGCUCCUCCCAUGUCAACCUAAUGGAAUAUCCAAAGACUAAAAGAUCUGAAGCCAGACAGAAUUUUCUGUAAUUCAAAUUAGCUAAUAUAAGAUUAUACUGAACUUUGAUCUAUUAGCAGUAUAGAUAGAGAGGAAAGUAGAAAACAAUCACUUUUGGUCUGGAGAAAAGACAGGUUCUGAAGUUUGAUAUGUUAGAAAAGUAUAUGGAAAAGAGAAAAGUAGAAAAACAAUGAUUUUUGGUUAGGAUAAAGACAAAUAAAUUUAUGUCAAACUGUGUCUGCUGGCAGUUAUAUACAUCAGUGUUGAUGUCCUAUUUUUGAUCACAAUAUAAAAACUGUAAUUGUAGGAUUUAACCAAGAACUUGCAAUAUUAUCAUUUUGGCUUUACACAACCUUGCUUUAAUAGAUAUCUCAUUAUAUAAGCAAAAGUGUGUGAAUGAAAAUUAUGUAAUUUGUUACAAGUAUAAGAAGUUCUUUUGCAUUGUACAUGUUUCUCACAGUCAUGAUUUCAAUUUUGUAUGUACAUAUUUACCAUGUAACUGCAUUCAUUAUUUGUUAUUCAUUUAUUGUCUCAUUUCAUACAUCAUCUACUUACAUUUUUUUUUUAUCAACUUUUAUUAGAAUAUUUACAUUUUUUAGUAUGUACUUAAUACAUUUAUUUACAUUUUCUACUUUGGGAAGAUUUCCCUAUAUUAUAUGGGUGCAAUUAUGUGUUCAUUUUUUGCUAUGAUCAUGUGUAAUGUUGUGAAAUGUAUAAAUGUUAUGCAUGCAGGAAUAAAAAUAUUUCAAAUGUU